AUAUGACGCGCAUGCUCACAAAGGAAUCACAGAUGUUGGAAUAAGGCAGAAUGUCGCAGCGUGCAAAGGGAGAAUAAAAAAACACUCGGUAUCCCCUGCAAGAAAAAAAAAAUAUGACGCGCUUGCUCGCUAAAGGAAAAAAGUGUGUGGACGUCUGCAGUGUGAAAAAAUUGACUCUACUCUGUAGAACAAAAAUAAUUUUAAGAAAUGAAAAGAGCGUCUGUUAUUUUUUUAUGCUCUUUAUUUAGUUGAAAGUUUUACAAUGUCACAUAUCGUAUCAGGCUGUGAAAUAGUGCUAUUGUUGUAUUGGUUUUUUGACACAAACAAUUUCGUUGAAUUCACGUCUAAGCCCGGAUGACUUUUGUGUGGAGGGAAUUUCAUGAAAUAUUGUGAAGGUCUGGGUGUAUUGACAUAUCACAAAAGCAAAUGUAUAUAUACACGCUCAACAAAUUUCACAAGAAAACUAACAUGAGAGAAAACAGUCUUUCAAAAAUAAAAACGCCUAUUGCAGCAUCUCACAACUAUUGUUGAACGAAUUUCACAAGAAGGUUAAAAUGAAAGAAACAGUAGGGGGCCUUUCAAAGGAAAGGUUAGGGUAAAUGAGCAUUGUAUGUUGAAAAGUUUCACAAGAAUAUUAGAAUGAAAGAAACAGUAGGGAGUCUUUCAAGAUGAAAUAAAACAUACCUCGGUUCAUCAAUUAGAAAGUUGUCACAAGGGUGCGACCUCCAAGAGAUUAGAAAUGCGACUGUUGUCUAGAGGAUAGGCAAGGUGUGUCUUCUUAAAAAGUAGUGGGAGGUUGAAGGCAGGUGAUAGGGCGACGAAAAAAUAGUAGGGGUAUGAGAGGGUGUAACCACAGCCAAUGGUGGAGAUAGUCUAUAUGUAUAAUCCAUCUGAUUGGUUGAAAUGCGUACCAUAGAUUAAAUGGAUAAUAGGUUAAGGGAUGAGCCUAAAAGGGGCAAUAAUUUCACACGUAUACAAAAUAACUAUAUAUAAGCUGGCAAAUUUGAACGCAUUUGCAAUAUCUGCUGGAUAGUCAGAGAAAGAUGAAGACGUUUCUCAGAGGCAAGCCUUCACUUCGCCCCGAUACGAUGUCUGAUCGUGGCGGUGUGCAGCCCUUAACAGAGACUCAGCUUGCUGUUAAGUCAAUCUCUGUUGAGAGUCUUCCACCAGUAAUUGAUUUUGAUACCACUGGAUAUGAAGACCUUGAAAACAUCACAAAAGAUCUCCAAGAUUUGUUACAAGCCGAAAACUACAACUUUAAUGAUGUGCAGCAAAUUGAGCCGAGUAAUUCAGAUUUUGGUGGCCUCAACGUUUAUUCAGUCGAUGAGGUUUCUAAGCUAGCUCGGAUCACGCCGUUAGCUGAUGUGAGUGUAAAUUGUGGCAGUGUCUCAGUACCCUACACUGAAGAGACCCGACCUACGGAGAACGUGCAGCCGAUGGAUCUAGGCGGCAUUCAAGAAGCGCCACAACCCAUUUCUUCCGUUAUCGGGUCAUCGGUGUUAGUUGAGGGGGGUGUAAAUUGUGGCAGUGUCUCAGUUCCCUACACUGAAGAGGCACGACCUACGGAGAACGUGCAGCCGAUGGAUCUAGGCGGCAUUCAAGAAGCGCCACAACCCAUUUCUUCCGUUAUCGGGCCAUCGGUGUUAGCUGCGGUGGGUGUAAACUGUGGCAGUGUCUCAGUUCCCUACACUGAAGAGGCCCGACCUACGGAGAACGUGCAGCCGAUGGAUCUAGGCGGCAUUCAAGAAGCGCCACAACACAUUUCUUCCGUCAAUAUGCAAGACGAAUAUGCAAGGAGGAGUUUAAAUGAAGAAUCCAUUGGUACAAUGCGAGUACCUUUACAAGAAAUAAAUCAAAACGAAACCACCCAAGAUCCAGAACUCCAAGCUAAAAUAAAAAGUAUGAGAGAACGUAUACAAGACCUGUGCGCCCAAAUUCAGACAUAUAAUGGUGAGGCCGAAAAGCACCUAAACGAAAUCGGUAAAAAACGAGAAGACCAAGCUGCGACUAUCACCCACAAUCAUCAAAUCGUGAAGGAUAUUCAGGAUGCAUGCUCGGCGGUUGCAGAAAAAUUGAAGAAGGAGGAAGAGCAGUUGAAGGAGAAAGAGGAGAGAAAAAAACAGCGUGACAACGCUGAAGAUGUGCUUAAACAAUUACUGGCGGAGAAAAAAAAUAUUGAUAAGAAUAUAGAAGACAAGAGGAGAAUAAUAUCAAGCUACAAAAAAUUCAACGAUCAGGGUUGUCAACAGAGGGUGAAGCAGUACCAAGAUGAAAUCAAGAGUAAAAAAGAAAAACUCAAAGAAAUGCAAGAAAAUAAAUCUUACGUUGAUGACCUAAACCAAUCGUUAAAAGAAAAUGAUGCUCAAUAUGAGAAGUUAAAGAAACUUGCAAUCGCCGCGCAAAGAGACUUUACAAAACGUGCUGAAAGUGAGAUUGACUUCCUGAAAAAAGAGCUCAACACGGCAACUAAACCAAAAAAGAGGUCGCUGUCGCUAUCAAAGAACCAGCCGUUAAAGAAUAAGAGGGCAAAGCUAACUGAGGAUUCUACUGGAGACCCUGCGGUGCCAUCAACGUCACGGGCUCACGACAGCGUUGAUAUGGGAUCUCUUCAACCUAGUGUGACAGAUAGAAAUCCAACACAAAAAGAUGUGCCAGAGGCCACUAGUACAACCGCAGACGAAAGCAUUCCGAAGAAAAUAAAAAAGAGAAUCGAAGCUCAAUCAUAUAAGGAACAGAUAGAACACCUCGGAAUUUUAACAUCAAUCAACACUGCUAUCAGGGUGCAUGCCGGUCUCGAUCCUGAAGGUAGAAAAUACAGUCAGCUUAACACAAACGUGAAUGCCAUUGCGGUAGUCAGAAAGGCGGAAACUGACGUCUUGAGAGCAACCAUGACUGCCCUUCAAAAGCAACACGGGAUUAAAAGAAAAGAUCUCAAACCGGCUGCCGAUAAAUUUCUAGAGAACCUAGAAAUAAAACCUCGUAAAGGAUUUGAAAAAGUUGAUGAGUGCGUUAACACGUUUGCUAUGAAACUGGCCACAACUCACAAAAACAUUUGUUCGUUAUUCCGUGAUGUGGCCCAUAAACUGAAGAACCAACUGGACAAUGAUGUAUUUGAAGAGUUUUCAGAGUAUUGCAAGGUGAAUAGCAAAAAAUAUAUAUAUCAAGUAACCAAUAUAAUGGAUCUUUUUCUGUUAAAGCAGGACACGAAAAACCAACUUGGGGAAGCUUCAGCACCUAAUCAGGUUGGAUUAGGAGCGACGAAUCGUGAAAAUACACCACUGACACCCAGAGAACAUGAAAUGCAGCGUCUAGAAAAAAUUAUUGAAGGUGCGCGUGAGUUAAAUUCUAACGACUCGCAAAUAGAGGAAUUGAUAAAUUUAGAACCUGUUGAAGGACCUCGAGACGGAGCAAAAUCAUUCAAAAUAACAAGUAGGGCUAUUCGUACUCUUGAACAGUUCAAAAUGCGGUAUACUAAAUGCAAAGUUGAAGUGCUAAACAUUAAACCACAACCACAAAUGUCCUUUUUGCUAGCCCUUGUUGAUUGCGCCGAGUACAUGAUCGAAGAUGUACACAAUCUUGAUUUUAUAGGGUUUGUGAUCUCUACAAACCAAGACCAGACAUUGACGAUACCUUUUAUUCGACGGGGUCAAUUCUCCCCAGAAGUAAUAACAAAUCAAGUCCAAUCAUUCGCCCAGUCUGCAAGAGAAUUUGUAGCUAGUAACUCGUUUCAACUUGACGUAAUAGUGGCAGCCGAUCUGCACGGCGGGGGUGGUCGAUUUAAACAAAACCUUAACGCUACUGAACAGAGAUCUAUUGUUACAUCGAAAAACCAUAAAAGGAAUGGUAUGCUCUCAGAAGCAUUACGUGCUGGGAAGUUUGAUGUAAACAUUCAACAAAAAAUGUGUGUAUUGUUUGCAGUUGUUACUGGUAAAAAAUUUUGCGAGUAUAAGGAAAAGUUGAAAAUUGUGGGAAAUGAUCCUAAUGCAAAUCAGAGUAGAAAAAUUGAACUAGAUAAUGAGUGGAAAGAUGUAACCAAGCAACAGUCACGAGACUUUGUUAAUGACGUAAUGUGGUUUCUCAAAAAUUUAAACUUGUCUCUGGAGGAAGGUGCCGGUACCGAACACCUCAAAAGAAUUCAACAGCUUUUGGGAAACGACUAUAAAUUAAUUGUUUACUCGGGCCAUUCAAACGAAUCUCGUUCGUUCGGUUCAGCUUAUUCGCCAGGAGAUGAAUCUAAAAAGCAUAUUUAUCUAGCCUACGACCAAGAGACACAUCAUUAUGAUAUGAUGAAAAACCCUGCAAGUUAUCUUUUGACAAGAAUAUACUGCACGUUUUGCGAAAAAGGGCUUUUUAACGAACGUCACACUGACUGCCCUGGAUCAAAAUGCACCAAGUGCAACCUUGCGUGUAAGUCAGACGUUCGAUUACCUGAGAAAAGAAAAUGUGACGACUGCAAUUUUGAAUUCUUGACAAAUAUGUGUUUUGAGGGGCACAAAGAGCAUAGGAAAUGCGAAGAGAGGAAAAUAUGCCGAAAAUGUUGCUUGCUUAUCGAUUACAAGCUUUUAAACGGAAAGAACCAUAUUUGUAACACGCGCCACUGCCAAAAUUGUGAAAAAUUCGUAAAACUUCCACACGUCUGCUACAUCCGCAAACCUAGACCUAGCAAGAAUCUCGAGGAGAAAGAUAGCAAUACUUUAAUAACUUUUGCUGAUUUUGAAUGUACACAGCACGAUGAGGUGCUUGCAGACAAUCGCGAUGGAGUACGCAGAAUCCAUAGAGUGAAUUUAGUCUGUUCUCAAACGGUAUGUAAAAAUUGUCGAGACAGAGAGAUUAACGACGAAGAUCCACAAUGCGAAGUAUGUGGAAUGCGCGAAUUAUGCAUUUCGAAUAUUAACGAUCCUAACUUGAACGUCGUCAAAGCUUUUCUCGAAAUGCUUAAUGAAAAAAGCAGUGGGAAACAUCGACCUGACAAUGCGAAGGGUAGUUUAUUAGACCAUGUGUGCUUGUUUCACAAUCUUAAAGGUUAUGACGGUGUCUUAAUAUUGAACGAAAUACUGCGAAGCAACAAAUGGACCGUGAAAUCUGUAAUACUUAAUGGAUUAACCGUAAUGCAGCUGGAGAUUGUGUACAUUGAGUCAGGCGUAAGAAUUACGUUUAAGGAUUUCAUAAAUUUUGUGCCAUGCAGUCUUAGCAAAUUACCAAAAGCAUUCAAACUGAGCAAUGAUUUAGCAAAAGGAUAUUUCCCGCAUUUGUUCAAUCGACCAGAAAAUUACACGUAUAGAGAAAAAAGAUUACCGGCAUUGGAAUUCUAUGACCCGACAAAUAUGGGCGUUUCCCAAUACGAGGCAUUUAUAGCUUGGUAUGAAAAAGAAGUGAGGCGUCUAGAGGAAUCAGAGGAUGAAGUGUUUGAUUUCCCUGCUGAGAUUGUAAAGUACUGCAAAAACGACGUGACAAUUUUGAGACAGGCUGCAUUACAAUUUAGUUCAUUCUUCGAGACUUAUGCGUGUAGUCCUUUUCUUGAAUCAAUAACGAUUGCUUCCCUUGUAAGUCUUUUGUAUAGAAGAAACUUUUACAAACCAAAAUCUAUAGGAUUGAUACCGCGGAGUGAUUCAUAUAGAACCACCCAAAGUAAGGAAGCUUUGAUGUAUUUUAGAUAUUUAGAAACCGAACAAAACCUUGUCAAUCUCAAGCACGCUGGCAAUGGUCAAGAAGAGAUAGUCGGAGGAUAUCCUGUUGACGCACUUGACACAUCAACUAAUACUGUAUACCAAUAUAUGGGUGACUACUGGCAUUUCUGUCCAGAUUGCUACCCAGACGACGAAAAGGCCAACUUCGAGGCUAAAAAACAAUACGAAUCUGGAAUGGCUAGACGGCAGGCAACAUUUAUGCGAACCAGAACGCUGGAAAAAUUGAACUACAAGGUUGUAGAGAUGUAUGGAUGUAAAUUUAAGGCAUUAUUGAAAGAUCAACCACAAGUUAAGGAGAGAUUACUGAAAGAUCCGAUUGUUCAAAAAGGAUAUUUGCAUGCAAGAAAUUGCCUUAGCGGUGGUCGUACUAAUAGUGUUAUUUUGUGGCACGAAUGUGGGCCUGACGAGGAAAUUAAUUAUUAUGAUUUUACCUCGCUCUAUCCGACCACACAAAAAUACUGUGAGUACAUUGUAGGUCAUCCUACCGUGUACACUACAAAUUUCCCUAGUCUCGACUCUGUAAAGGGAUUUGUUUUCUGUAGAGUGCUGCCUCCAGAUUCUCUUUACCACCCUGUACUACCACAAAAAGUUGGAGAUAAACUUUUAUUCCAUCUCUGUAAAAAAUGUGCUGCUCAAAAAAAUCACAACUCUCCAUACUGCACCCACACCGACGAGGAAAGAUCAUUCGAUGGCUCUUGGAGUUCGUGGGAGCUGAACUUGGCUAGGAAAUUUGGAUACAAGAUCACUGAAAUUUACGAAAUCUGGCACUACGAGAAAACAACCAAGUACAAGAAGGAUGAAGAUGAAGGCCUUUUCACCAGUUUUGUAAAUGCUUUCCUAAAAUUAAAGCAGGAAGCAUCAGGUUGGCCAGAAAACAACAUGUCUAGCGAGGACAAGAAAAAAUACAUCGAGUCAUAUGCGAUCGAAGAAAGCAUUGAUCUGGACGAGAGUAAAAUCGAAAAGAAUGAGGUCAUAAGAACUGUAGCAAAACUCUGCCUUAAUUCGUUAUGGGGGAAAUUUGGACAAAACGCAAGAAGCAAAACAGCAAUCAUUGAGGAUCGCAGCAGGCUCCUUGAACUUCUCUCUGCCCCUAACGUCACUGUGACCAAUAUUAUGUGUGAUGCAACAUCCAAAGUAGUAGUUCAGUACAAUGACGAUCAGGAUACUUUGAAUAAUGUAAAUGUUUUGGUAGCAGCGUUGACUACUAGUCACGCAAGAAUUAUGCUAUACCAGCUUUUACACAUUCUAGGUAAGAAGGUUCUAGCAUUUGACACCGAUAGCGUUAUUUACACUCAAAAGAAAGGAACACCUCUGCUUAAAACCGGUCGAUUCUUAGGGUGUUUGACAGAUGAAGUAGCCGAAUAUGGUGAGGGUUCCAAAAUAACCAAAUACGCAUCUCUUGGUCCUAAAAACUAUUGUUUUGUUGUACAAAAACCAGACGGAACUUGCAAAGAAGUGAGAAAAUGUAAGGGUAUAACAUUGAAACAAAAUAAUAUUCAGGAAACUAGCAUGGAGUCAAUUGAAAAAUUGCUUAACGGAGAGGUUGAUGAAAUCAAUAUUCAAAUUCACAAUAAAAUUCAAAGAUCAUCCGAUUUCCAAAUUUAUUCGGAAGAUGGUACUAAGAAAAUGCGAUUGGUCUAUGAUAAAAGAGCAUUGAUUUCCAAAUAUGAAACAAUCCCUUGGGGCACAAAGAGGGGUGCUAAAGAACCUAUCCCCGAUGAAAAUAUUGUGAUUGAUGACUGGAAUAUUAGAAACCAUAUCCCUUGAAUUGGACAUGCAAUACAGCUCCGUUUAUUUGUAUUGAUUUUGUAAAUUUAUUGAACAUCAGAUUUGUAGAAUGUAAGUUUGUAAUAAAUAGAACACGAUUUGAAA